AUGGAUAACUACUAUCAAGGAAAUGCAUCCGGUAGCCAGUCUUAUUACCAUGAUGUGAGCUACACCCCGGGUAUUGACCUCACUGAACCAUUAAAUGACACAACAGACAACCAUUCUCAACAACCAUAUGAACAGGGAAAUGAGACUUUGGAGACUCGUGUGGACACUGUUGUGGAGGAUGCGGAAAAGAGGAAGUGUGAUAGGAAUUAUCUAAAUGAAGAAGACGAAACCUUAUGUUCUGCGUACCUAAAUGUGUCCAAGGAUCCGAUUGUUGGGGCAUCGCAGCAAGGGAAAGCGUACUGGGCAAGGAUCACAACAUAUUUCAAUGAGAUGAGGAAGACUCCAAUCCAGCGAUCACUAAGUUCACUGCAGCACCGUUGGGGUGACAUUCAGAAGGGCACAUCAAGAUUUUGUGGAGCCUUCUCUGAGAUUAUGAGAGGGAAUGAAAGUGGGAAGAAUGAAGAUGACAAGAUUAAGGACGCUCUACAACUGUUUGAAGGGACACGCAAGAAGCAAUUCAGGUUCCUCCACUGUUGGUUCAUUCUACGAAGAGAACAAAAGUGGAAUGAGUAUCUUGCAACAUCGUCCACAAAGAGGACUGCGGAACCAAGCCCGCAAGGAGCUGCACCUGUUGUAGAACCAAGUGAGCAGGCCACGGUGCCCAUCUCCAAUGAGAGGCCUAUUGGUUGA